AUGUCCUACAACGGCAACGGUGGCGGCUACCAGCGCGAGUCCUAUCGCUCCCGACAAGGUGGUAGUGGUGGAUACUCGAACGGCCACUCCAACGGCGGCUACUCCAAUGGUAACGGAGGCUAUGGAGGUGGCUACGGUGGCGGCUAUGGCCGGGGCGGCGGCGGUGCCGGUGGUGACCGCAUGUCUAAUCUGGGAGCCGGGCUCAAGAAGCAAGAAUGGGAUCUAGAUACACUGCCCAAGUUCGAGAAGUCCUUCUAUAAGGAACAUCCCGAUGUCGCCAAUCGUUCUCAGCGCGAAGUUGAUGAAUUCCGUAAGAAGUUUGAAAUGACCGUGCAGGGAAAGAAUGUCCCCCGUCCUGUUGAGACCUUCGACGAGGCUGGCUUCCCUCAAUACGUUCUCAGCGAGGUCAAGGCCCAGGGUUUCGACAAGCCUACCGCUAUUCAGUCUCAAGGUUGGCCUAUGGCUCUAUCCGGUCGCGACGUUGUCGGUAUCGCUGAAACAGGUUCCGGAAAAACUUUGACAUAUUGUCUUCCCUCGAUUGUUCACAUUAAUGCUCAGCCUCUCCUUGCGCCUGGAGAUGGCCCUAUCGUCCUCGUUCUCGCCCCUACUCGUGAGUUGGCAGUCCAGAUUCAGGUUGAAAUCACCAAGUUCGGAAAGUCUUCCCGCAUCAGGAACACCUGUGUCUACGGUGGUGUUCCCAAAGGUCCCCAGAUCCGUGAUCUUUCCCGUGGUGUCGAGGUCUGCAUUGCUACUCCCGGUCGUCUGAUUGAUAUGCUGGAAGCUGGUCGUACCAAUCUUCGUCGUGUCACCUACCUCGUUCUUGACGAGGCCGAUCGUAUGUUGGACAUGGGUUUCGAACCCCAGAUUCGCAAGAUUAUCUCUCAGAUUCGCCCCGAUCGUCAGACGUGCAUGUGGUCCGCUACCUGGCCCAAGGAAGUGCGCCAGCUUGCGAGCGACUUCCUCAACGACUACAUCCAGGUCAACAUUGGUUCCAUGGACUUGUCUGCUAACCAUCGUAUUACUCAAAUUGUCGAGGUUGUUUCGGACUUUGAGAAGCGUGAUCGCAUGAUCAAGCACCUUGAGAAGAUCAUGGAGAAUCGGUCCAAUAAAUGCCUUAUCUUCACCGGUACCAAGCGUAUUGCUGAUGAGAUUACUCGUUUCCUGCGUCAAGAUGGAUGGCCCGCCCUUUCAAUUCACGGCGAUAAGCAACAACAAGAGAGAGAUUGGGUCUUGAACGAGUUCAAGGCGGGCAAGAGCCCAAUCAUGGUGGCUACUGACGUGGCUUCCCGUGGUAUUGACGUUCGCGACAUCACCCAUGUGCUGAACUAUGACUAUCCCAACAACUCCGAAGACUAUGUUCACCGUAUUGGUCGUACUGGUCGUGCUGGUGCUAAGGGAACUGCCAUUACCUUCUUCACCACUGACAAUUCUAAGCAGGCUCGUGAUUUGGUCACCAUCCUCUCUGAGGCUAAGCAGCAGAUUGAUCCCCGUCUCGCUGAGAUGGUCCGCUACAGCGGUGGCGGUGGUCAUGGCCACGGUGGCCAUGGUCGUUGGGGCGGCCGCGGCCGUGGCCGUGGUGGUAACUCCACUGCGUCCAACUCGGCCCCGCUUGGACAAAACCGUCGCUGGUAA